CAGGCAUACGUUUAGGCAGCCACUUCAUACAAGCAGGCGCGUGGUCACAAAUCCUAGCGGUGCUUUGUGUGUGUAUGUGUGUGUUUGGGGGGAGUGACUGAGAAGCGGCACUCGUCUGGUCUUUGCAUCCUGUUGUGAAUCUACAACGGCGCGUGUGCUGUUGUGUGUGCGUGUGGUGUGUCUGCGAAGUGUGUUUGCCAUCAGAGCGAGUUCAAGUAUGAAGCGAGGCAAGAAGGCAGAGGAGGUGGCUGCAGAGGAGGCGGCUGCAGAUGGGGAAAGUGACACCGGCUCUGCUACUCCAAAGAAAACAAAGAAAGCCAAGGAGCCAGAGGCCCCGAUAUUGUACGAGGAUCCUCCUGACAAAAUGACCAGCAAAGACGGACGGGACGCUAACAUGAAGAUCACUUCCUGGAAUGUCGACGGACUGAGGGCCUGGGUGAAAAAGAAGGGCCUGGAUUGGGUGCGCGAAGAGGCUCCGGAUGUUUUGUGCCUGCAAGAGACCAAGUGUGCGGACAAAGACCUCCCUGCCGACAUCACCUCGAUGCCCGAGUACCCACACAAGUACUGGGCCGCCUCAGAUGAGAAGGGGGGUUACAGCGGUGUGGCUAUGCUCUGCAAGACCGAACCCCUCAAGGUGACCUAUGGUAUCGGCAAAGAGGAGCACGACAAGGAAGGCCGCGUCAUCACUGCAGAGUUCCCCAGCUUCUACCUGGUGACCGCCUACGUGCCAAAUUCCGGCAGAGGCCUUGUGCGCCUAGAUUACCGCAAAACCUGGGACGAGGACUUCAGGUCGUACCUGAGCGAGCUCGACAUGCAAAAGCCCCUGGUGCUGUGCGGUGACCUCAACGUUGCACACCAGGAGAUCGACCUGAAGAACGCCAAGGGGAACAAGAAAAAUGCGGGCUUCACCCCCGAGGAGCGCGAGGGCUUCAGCCAGCUGCUGGAGGCCGGUUUCACCGACAGCUUCCGCGAGCUCUACCCCGAGCAGGCCAACGCCUACAGCUUCUGGACCUACAUGAUGAACUCCCGCGCAAAGAAUGUGGGCUGGAGGCUCGAUUACUUCGUGCUGUCGUCCUCCCUGCUGCCGGGCCUGUGCGACAGCAAGAUCCGCAACCAGGCGUUGGGAAGCGACCACUGCCCCAUCACUCUGCACAUCACCGUGUAGGCAGUAGGUCACUGCGUAGCCUAUGCUGGCACCGUUUUCUGUUACUUCUGUUCUGACUUGGCACAAACUAUCCUGUGUGCGGUGUUGAGAGUGAAGCAACACCUGCUCGGGCAGGGAAGUUGAAAUUUCUUACCGGUGAAGUACUGCAGGAACCUAGACGUUAACUUUUGUCUUUUUCACGAGUUUCAUAAAAUUAUUUUACAACACAAUACGUAAUUCCCAUUUGUCUUUUCUGUUAUUGGAAUUUGUCAGUAAACCCAGUGAUUUACAUCUGAAUUCAUCAUUGGAAUUAAAAGUUAAAAUACAACACCAAAUACCUAACAUGUCCAAGCUGAUUUUCAACAAUGACUGUAAAACUCUGUGUAGCUUCUGUUUGUACUGCUUCUGAUCUGAGACACAAGCACAUUUAUUUAGUUUGAAAAUAAACUACCGCUGUUGAGAGAACAUGCAUUUCGCUGUAGCACAAAUCAUUUUAAGCUUCCUUUCCAAACCAGUGUAACGUUUUCCGUUGUAAAACUUGGCCCACCUCUCAAUAAAGAAAGAACUUAUGUAG